UUAUUUUACAAUAUAUUAUAUUAUAUUAUCAUUUUCAAUCAAAAUUUAAAACCCAAAUAGAUCAUUCCUAAUUCUUUUAUAUCUCAGCACUCAAUAAAAUGAGCUCAAAUUUAGAUAUAAAUCCUGAUAACUCUCCUUCUAUAAUGGUGAAUUCAAAGGAAAACGAUACACACCAACCUCAAAAACCUCAAACUCAAACUCAAAUCAUCUCCAGUAAAGAUGAAAAUAAUGAUAAUAAUAAUAAUAGUAAUAAUAAUAGUAAUAAUAAUAAUGAUCCUACUAAACCAGCAACAAAACAAGCUUCCUUAAAUACUACGGACUUUGCUAACAAAUGGAGACAGGUUAGAGCCUGUGCAAGGUGCCACCGAUUAAAAAUGAGAUGUGCUUAUGAUGACCCAAGUUAUACUUCAUGCAAAAGAUGUUUUUCUGCUGGUGUUGAGUGCUCUUUGUAUCAUGAUCCAACCUCAAAAUUCAAAACAACGAGACCAAGAAAAAAACAAAAAACUAAUUUGAAAAGCAAAAAAUUAUCUGCAAAUUCUUCUAAUAUAAACCCAAUAAUGUCAAUUGACGAUGCAAUAGAACAAUUAUUCCAAUCCGUUGACUACUUGAAAAAAACAACCUCUUCAACUAAUUCUUCUUCUUCCAUUACAAAUAAUGAUAAAACGAAUAAUACUAAUAAUAAUAAUGAUAAUAAUAACACUGAUACCACUAAUUCUAUUAACAAAGACAAUAGACAAUCUUUAAACUCAAUUAAAAAUGACAUUGAUAAACUAUAUGCAUCUCAAAACCAAUUGUUAGAAUUACAGUUAACUUUAUCAAAUAUAAUUGAAGAAAAAACAGCUCUUUAUAACCAAAAAUACUCAUUAUCAACCUCAAAUCCCUCAAAUCUAAACAUUAAUCCCACACAAUCAAUUUCUUCCCAAUACUUAAACAGAUCAUCAUCCUAUUCAAGUUUAAAAGAAGGUCCAGUUCAUAUUAUAUCCAAAUUGCCUCCAAUUCCCUAUGAAAGAAAUUUAUUAGAAGAAUUAAUUAGACUAAAAUUCUUAACUUAUCAAACCGCAAUAUCAAAAUUUAAUUUUUUUAAAUCGAACUUAUUACCUUAUUGGCCUAUACUUAAAAUCCCCCUACAUUAUUCUUUUGAUUACAUGAUAAAAAAUAAACCUCUCUUACUAUUGGCAUGUAUCAUUGCAACUUGUUUAAAUAAAAAUGAUGUGGAGCUACACGAUAAAUUAUCAUAUUACUUGGAAAAAAAUUUGUCUCAAAGAGUUUGUAUAACUGGUGAUAUUUUAAUUGAUAUAAUAUCUUGCUAUUUAAUUCUUUGUAUUUGGAAUUCUCCUCCUAAAAAAUGGGGCUCUUUUAAACACCAACUAGAUUUACUAUUAGGCUUUAGUUUAUCUUUAGUCUUGGACUUGAAAACAAAAUCUGGCGAGUUUGUUAAUAAUAGCUUAUCAAGAAAUAUCCCUUUAUCAAAUGAUGAAAAAAAAUUAAUAAGAUCCUUUCUUGCUACUUAUUGCUGCGGUGCUUCUUUAGAAUUAGCUUUACCCAAAUUUAAAUUGGUUUCAUGGAGCAUAAUUCACGAAAAUUGCUCUUUAGCCUUGAUAAGUGAUUUGAAUAACCAAAAUAAUGAUCCAAAAGACACUCAGAGAUCUGAUAUUUAUUUAAGUUAUUUAUCUAGAUUAUUAUCAAUCGGUCAAGAAAUGCAAUUAUUUUUUUCAAAUAGCUACUCCCUUUUUUUUAAAAAUGAUUCAAAGGAUAAUAAAAAUAUUGAUCAAUAUUAUACUACAAAUAAUGAACCUAAUAAUAAGAAAGUAAAUGACAAACAAAUUGAUGAACAUUUUGAAAAAUUUUCUAAAUCUUUUAACAAUAAAUCUGAUCAAAUUACUCAAACUGAUCUCAAGAUUGUUGUAUCAGGCUUUGAAAAUAAAUUACUACGGUUGAUGUAUGAUUAUAGAUUAACUGAUAAUUCUUCAACUGCAAAGGAAAGUUAUUUGGUUGGUAUUACUUAUAAUUAUAUUCUUAUGACAAUGUAUGACCAUAUUAUUUGCAAAAUCUUAACCUCAACAUUAUUUUUUAAUGAUAAUACAGAUAACGAUAUUAAUGAUGUUGGUGAUAGUUCUCGUACUAAUUUAGAAAGUCAUGAAUAUUUGAAAAUUUAUGAUUUUUAUCUUUUGAUAUUGAAAAAAUUAAUAAAUUCAAGCAAAAAUUUAAUCUCUUUAUUUUUAGUUACUUGCCAGCAAACAUUACAUAUUCCUACGUUUUUUAAUUACAGACCAAUGAAUGCUUUUAUUUGUUUGUUAAAAGCAAAAGUUUUAAUACAAUUGAUUAUACAACAUUCACAUGCACAUAAUAAUACUGAUAAUAUCAAACAGAUUAAAAAGAUUGAUUUUAAUUUAAUUGAAACAUUUAACAGUUUUUAUUAUAAAUAUAAGCAAUAUUCUCAAACUUCAAUCAUUUUUAAUAAAUUUUUCUUAAUUUUGAUAAAAAUUAAGUCUUGGUUAAAAAUUAUCUCAGAUAACAAUUUUAUGAGCAUGUGUGAUUACAGUUCUUUAAAUAAUUUUCUUGAUGUUAACAACCAGUCUGAUUCUAUCACAACGACUGUUACUAAUAAUUCUUUGGUUAUACUUUUGAAGGAGUUGGGAAAGGAAAAAGCCGUUGAAAGUUUAAAACCAAAUUUUGUGGAUAUUAAAAAUAGUAAUUCAAAGGAUAACUUUUCUUUAACUUUAUCUAAUACACAAAAGUUGGUUGAUCCAUUAAAUUUUAUUAGUCCUGUCACAACUAUUUCUUUAGCAUCUUCUCAAAAUUCAUUAACAAUUGAUAAUUCACCAUAUAGCAAUCCAAUUUCUGGUUUAAAAACUAUAGAUUCCAAUAAUUCUAAAGAUUUCAAUUCCGGUAAUAGCUUAUUUGCUAGCGAUUUUAAUGAGGAAAAUAACAGUAUAGCUAAGAGUAAUGAGAUGAAUCCUAAUCCUCAAUUGGAAACUCCUGUUGUAAAAUCUUUGUUUGAUAAACAGCAUGCAAAAAAUCCUAAUCAAAUUAAUGGACAAAGGAGUUUUUUAAAUGAAAACAUUUCUAAUAACAUUAGACAAACCAAUCAAAGGGUUCCUAUUUUUGAACCUGCUCAGCACAGAAAUUCAAUUGAAAAUUUUGACAACAUGUUAAAAGAUAUUUUUAUGGAAAAUCAAAUGGACGAUUUCUUUAAUGUUACCUUAUCAAACGUUGAUUUUGAUGAUAAGUACUUCCAACAAUUAAUGAAUGAUGGAAAUACUGGGGCUAAUAAUGGAGGUAACAAUGGGGAAGCAUUAAGCCCAUCUUCUAUUAGUGGUUUAUUUCAAAAUAGCAAUGAUGUUAAUAAUCCAUUUGGAGGCCAGCCAAUCUAUAAACAAGUACAGUCUCAUUGGGAAGAAGUGUUUGAUUUUAGUCCAGUGCCAAUGAAAACCAACAGUUCUAGUGGAACACCGAGAAACAAUGAUGAACAGUACUCUGAGAACUUUGAAUCCACCUCUGAUUUUAGAGAAAGAGACAUAAAUUCACGCAGAGCAUUAAGCUUUAAUAAUUCAUACGCAAAUUUUACGGGUCUCGAUGAUAACAAUAGCAAUAUCAACGAUAAUAAUUUUAAUAACACAAACAGCAAUUUGGGUUAUAACAUUUCUAAUAAUAACGGAUUUCAACAUGUGAACCAACUAAGCAAUGCUGGUGGAUUUGAUAAUACUAACUUGAUUAAUAAUGGGAGUAAUAUGACCAACAAUUUCAACCGCAAUAUGAAUAAUUUCAACAAUAAUUUGAAUAAUAACGUGGAAAAUUUCAAUUCAGGUGGAGCAAGCACGAACAAUAUGAGUUUUCCAAAUGCAAUUAACAUGACACCCUUGGAUCUCACGCCUAAUGGUACUCCAAUACUAUCGCAGCCAAAUAUUCCUCCCCAGAAUAGUUUUACACCUGGAGAAAACACCAGACGAUUCUACAACAAUAUGAUGAAUUUUCCUCCCAAAGAUAAUCAGUUUUGGUGAAAGUUAACUUGACUAUAUUUUUUUUUGUCGCACAGUUUUAUGCAAUAUUCUAUAGGAUGUGUUUUUGUAUUUCUAUUUUCUAAUUGAUAAUUAUAUUCGCAAUCUGGAGUUAUGUUUUAGUGUUUUAUCUGCUUCUUCUGCUGCUUCUGCGGUUCCACGCCUUCUUCUGCGGUUCCACGCCUUCUUCUGCGGCUACAAACUUUAAAGCGAAACCAAAUCGACGUUCCUUUUCAAAGCACAAAAAUCACUUGAAUAAAUGAUUUCUUAUCAGCUCUGAGAUUUUGUAUCAACCAGUCUCAGGACUAAC